AAUUUAAAUAAAUUGAGUGUUGGAAUGACCAAAAUUGGAAAAUAAAAAUAUAAAAUUAUUUUAAUACAAAUCCAGAAUGCAUGAUUCCAUUUCCAAAUAAUAAAAAAAAUGAUUAAAUUUUUAUAGAAAAAUAAAGGAGUGAAAUCAAGUAUGAAUGCGACUUUAACAUUUUUAAUCGUGUCUGUGUUAGAAAAGAGAAGAUCGAUUAUUAAAUUUGGUUAAUAUCGAAUACCUCAUGGAAAUACGGCUUCGUUUCAAUAAAGUUUUUCAGACACCACGAAAUAUAUAUAAUUAAUAAGUAUAUGAUAAACAUUGUCACCAUAUCUCUGUGAAAUUUCUUACAAAUAUACAAAAGUGAAAGAUACAGACAUAUGUAUGUGUGUGAAGACGAUUAUAAUCUGUGGUAAUUUAGUUAUUGGUUUCAAAUAUGACUGGAAAGUGAUUAAGUAGCACUAAAAGAGCAGCUUUGUGGAGGUGAAACCGAAACUGUUAUUAUUUGACUUAAAAUUAUAACAAAGUGGUAGGUAGGUAAUUUAGAUCCAAGGCAGUCUUUUAACUUGCCGGACCACUGCAGUAUAUUCCCAGCUGAGCUAUUGCAAAAACCGGGGAGCUGGCCUUUAAUGCACUUGCAAUAAAUUCGAGAGUCAAUAUCUAAAUAGACGCCCAGCAGCAAUCAAGGAAGUAACCUUGUAUUGCAUAUCGUCGAGAAGUGUUUUGGGAUGCAGGGCAGCAGUGGAAAGUGUUCCCAGAAACAAGCAAUUUCACUAACAUCACUUCUACUGAGUGCCAGGCUACAAGGGCAUCGAGGGCAAUGAAAUAGUGGACGAGAUGACUACUCCUCAUGGAGCAAAUGAUGGACGAUAUCAUGUGGCCAAUAUGUGAUUUCAACAAGCCAUUUCUCACCUAUCUUUGUGACGAUGAUUUAUUGAAGAGCGCGGUCAAUAAAGUAGAACAUUUGAGCUUGAAAUUAGAGAAUUAUAAUCUGCGUAUGCAAAGUGAAUUAAUGGCAAUGAAAGAGCAGCUUAUACGUGAAGUAAAAACGAACCUCGAAUUGUUAGAAUCGAAAAUUACAACGAAAUUUAAUGAAGCCAGCAAAAAUUUGGUUGCAGCGCCCCCUCCAACUAAGAAACCAUCUUCUUGUACCGAAGCGAUGCGUCAAGAAAACGGGAAAUAUGCGAAGAGUGGUGUUUAUGAACUUUAUCUGCCUGAAUUUCUUUAUUAUCUUUUCAAUGUUUAUUGUCUUCGUGAUCCUGAUGACGGUGAACCAUGGGCUAUAAUUCAACGUCGACAAAGCAACGACACCGACUUCUAUCGCGAGUGGGUUGAGUAUGAAUGUGGUUUCGGCGAUUUGAAUGCCAAUUUCUUUCUCGGCUUGGAUAAAAUACAUGCCCUGACGCAUUCGCGAUCUCAUGAGCUGUGGAUUCAAUUAGAAGAUUUUGAAAAUGAGAAACGUGUUGCUAAGUACGAGAGCUUCGCUAUUGGCAAUGCUCAUGAUAAAUAUGAGUUAAUUGCGCUUGGACAAUAUUCAGGUACGGCCGGUGACUCGUUCUUUGUCCAUAACGGCGAAAAAUUUACCACUAAAGAUAGUGAUAAUGACAAAGAUGCUAGCAACUGCGCGGUGAAAUUUACGGGGGCUUGGUGGUAUAAGCAUUGUCAUAACAGCAAUCUGAACGGUCUGUAUUUAGGAGGAGAGUUCCCGAAGGAUCAGUAUGCCAAAGGCGUGGUGUGGUAUGACUGGCGUAGAACUUACUACUCCCUCAAAUAUGUGCAUAUGGCUAUAAGACCGAAGUAUUAUCACUGAGUUGAUGGUUUGGAAUUGAAAAUCAUAGGUUUAACUUUACUGACGUUAAAACUAUUGAAACUAAUUUAACUUAGCAUCACGUUUUAUAAAACUUUACAUAUUCUUUUUAGCAACAAAUAAUAAAUUAUUUGUAAAAAGACUGUCC